GUAUAGCAAUCGGAUUUUCAGUCGAAUGUUGUAUAUUGUUAAUCAUUUACGUUUGAAGAUAACAACGCAAUAUACCAUUCGUGAUUCAAAUCAAUAUCGAUGUCGGACUGUUUUGAUUACAGUAGCGAUGAUACAGAAGAUGAUGAUCAAUAUGACGAAGAAGACGUCAACUGUAAUGAAUAUGACGACGACGAUUUCUAUAAGUCUGAUGAUCAAUUCGACGGAAGAAAUCAGAUCUCUGAUUAUGCUGGUGAAGGUACAAAUCGAACUGAUUCUGAAGAGGAAUCAUUCAAUAGUAAUGUUGUUGACUCGCAUGGUGGGAAAACCAAGUUGUGGAAACCUAUUGUUCCUAAAGAUUUUAUGCCAGAUGUAGAUGCUAUAUAUCAAUCAUUAGAGGAGGCGGUUGAAAUGUAUAAAUUAUAUGCAGAUAAAGCAGAGAAUCACAACCACCCCCUAGAGACUAAAGAAGAAAGACGGUAUUCCAAACGUGCACGACGACUUAGUUACAAAGACAAGGAGUUUAUAGUGCGUUCUUCAACAUCUAACAUUGGUGCAACAAAGGCACACAAGUUACAAGCUAGUUUGCAAGGAGGUUAUGAAAACAUUGGUCCUGAAUCAAUUGAUUAUAAAAAUUUCAGAAGGAAGGUGGGAAACAUUAUUGGUGAUAAGGAUGCACAGCUGGUUGUUGACAAAAUGAACAUGAGGAAAGAUGAGUUUCAUAAUUACACAUUUGAGUAUAAAUGUGUUGAUAGUGUGUUAAACGCAAUGUUUUGGGCGGAUGAAACUGAUAAGUUAUAUUACAAGGAGUUUGGAGAUGUGAUAUCAUUUGAUGCUACAUUCCGAACAAAUAAGUAUGGAAUGAUUUUUGUGCCGUUUACAGCCAUUGAUAACCACAAACGUUCAAUAAACAUUGGGGCAGGUUUGUUAAGCAACGAGUCAAUAGAAUCUUAUCGUUGGUUGCUUGAAGCUUUUUUGAAAGCACAUGUGAAACACCCUCAAUUAGUGUUAACAGACCAAGAUCCAGCAAUUCUACAGGCCGUUGAAGCAAUAUUUCCUAAUUCUAAUCAUCGUUUAUGUAUGUGGCACAUUAUGAAAAAACUACAAGCCAAGGUUUCAACCGAUUUUUUGAAAAACACUGAUUUUCGCAAGCGUUUUACAAAGCUUGUAUGGAAUGUCUAUAUCGAGCCUGAAGUGUUUGAAUCAAGGUGGAAACUGCUUAUGAGAAAAUUCAAACUACAGGACAAAAGAUGGUUCAAAGACAUGUACAGGGAUAGAAAACUUUGGAUUCCAACCUAUUUUAAAGACAUGUCACUACACGGUCUGAUGAAAACUACUUCAAGGUCUGAAAGCGUGAACUCAUUUUUUAAUAAAUACUCUAACUGUGGUAAUUUGCUUAUCUAUUUCAUGAUGAACUACGACACCGCAUUGCAAAGCAACGAAAUGCUCAACAUAAACUAG